AUAUCUUGAGCAAUGCAUUCUUUUAUCCCAAAUCUAGCAAUGGAUUGAUUUAAACUAAAAAAGUUGUCCCAGUAAAAAAUUAUAAUAGUCAAACCAAGCAUAAAAGGGAGAGUUCAUCUUGACAUAUGUCUGCCUUCCUAACUCGAGUUUAUCUGAUCGCCGAUACCAAUCUUCCAUACAGUUUACACUAUGUUGUCUCGAGCAAGUAAAAUCUUGUGUAUUGGAAGAAACUAUGCUGCGCAUAUUCGUGAACUGAAUAAUGCUGUUCCUAAAAAGCCCUUUUUCUUUUUAAAGCCUCCAAGUGCAAUUGUUGAACCCGGCAAAGGAAAAUUACUCAUUCCAUCAGAAGUUCAAGCGAAUUACGAAGUUGAGCUCGGGUUUAUUAUAGGUUCUAAGCUGCCUGCUCGCCAACCUAUAUCUCAAUCCAGAUGGUCAGAGGCCAUUGCUGGGUACUUUGUUGGAAUAGACGUUACCGCCCGCAACAUUCAAAGUGAAGCCAAAAAAGAAGGCCUUCCUUGGUCUUUUAGCAAGGGUUAUGAUACAUUCUUGCCAGUGGGUCCCUUCAUUCCAAAGCAACAGGUUCCUGACCCUCACAAUGUCAUCGUCGAACUUUCAAAAAAUGAUAAAAUUGUUCAGCAUGAAAACACUUCGUUGAUGUUGAACAACAUUCCAAAAAUAUUGAGUAGUAUUACAGAGGCCAUGACUUUGCAACCUGGUGACCUAAUACUGACUGGGACACCAAAAGGCGUCGGAGAAGUAUCCGCAAAAGACAUUCUUUCAGCUCGAUUGUUAACCAAUGAAGGAAAUGAAAUAAUUCCUAGUGCUUUUUCCAUCGAAGCUGAUGUCGUUUAAAAUUGAGGUAUGGAGCUUCCCGUCGUCUUUUAUGACUAGAGCAAGGCGGACCCUCAUUUUCAUUACUUAACAUGCUUAAUAUCAAUUUACCUUUAAUAUUCAUUACAAUCUAUCCGAUAUGGAUUGAUUACUACAAUUGCUACAAUUCAUUCAGCUAAAAGCUGUAUCGAAAGGAUACCCCUACUACCAUUCUCUUCAAGUGUUGACCACAUGGUCUAAUACGUUCUUCAAUUGU